GAGAGUGGAGUAAUUCCAGCUUCUCUUUAAAACAACUUCUCAGCACGGAAUCCUUGUCCCGGAGUUUUGUUUGUUGCGCUGGAGUCCCGGGGACUCUGCAGCGGGAUUAUCGCUUCCAACCACAGCGACACAAACCACCGGCACGUCGGGUGCUGCGGGGAUUUAAUUCGAAGUGAAGUGGAAGGAUCGCUCACGGUUCAAGAGGUUCACGAAGGCAGAAACUCCGCAAAAAAACGUCUGGAUUAUCGUUUCCGAUGAACGUUCGUGUUCGCGUAAAAGCGACGCCGCUCCCGGAGAGGUCCGACUAUGGUGUGUGGAUCGUGUGCGGGGAUCUCGGCGUGUCGGGGCAGUUGAGGGCUUUGCGCGAGGGCUGCCACUAGUCGCGGCUUUAAUUGAGUCGUCGGCGGCGCCGGCAGGUCGCUGCGCGGUGGCCGCGCGAAGCCUUCCCGUGCAGACGUCUUGGCGAUGUUUUAACACGACAACGCGUGGUUUUGAAAUCACUCCUCUGAUGCUGCGGGAGAGCCAGAAAACGGUGACCACCGGCUGCGCAUGUGGUGCGCGCCGUGCACAAACCCGCGGUCCUGCGCGUCGGGCGUAAAUCGAUGUGGCAGCCUCCCGAGACCCGGGCGGGACCGACAGGGCAAAACCAAAACUGUCUAAGGUUGUCGUAUGUUCAAGUCGAAACGCUCAGGUCUUGUACGGCGACUCUGGAGAAGCCGUCUGGUCACCGAGAGCGACGGACGGGAUGGAGGCAGACGAGGUGAGGAAGGACGGAACGGCCCGUGCGGCAGACACCCGGGAAAGCUGCGCAGACACGAGCAGCGGUCGGUGACGCACGCCGACCCGUUUCCGGGACCCACGGGGGAGGCUGGAGACCUCACGGAGAGCGCCGAGAGGGAGGAAGAGGAGCAGCCGGAGGAUGACCGGGGCGCCAUGUGCACUCCGGAGCCGAGGGGCUCCCGGCGGGGACAGCAGGGCGACGCCAGGACGGUGACGUGUUGUUUGUUCGGGGAAUGGGACCUCAGACCCCGGAGCCCUUAUUGGGCCCCGCGGAAAGACGCAGGGGGCGCUUGUCAGUGCGCCCCGAGGCACGCGGCGCUGGAGGAGGAACUCGCGAGCACCGCGCACGCUUUUUUGAAAAGACUCAAGGAGAGAUCUCUGGAUGCCUUGGUGAAGGCCGUGGAGACCAAAGGAGGGAUGCCCAGCGAGUGUGUCAUGGUGCCCAGCACCGAGCUGCGGCUCGGGGCGCGUCACGUCCCUCCACAGUGGCUCGUGUCCAAGGUGUACCGCUGGAGCGACCUGCCGCCCUCCGCCCGCCUCAAAACGCUGGGCCAGUGCCAGAGCUUCGGCGCAGUCGACGGCGCAAAGGUGUGCUGCAAUCCCUAUCACUACAGCCGCCUAUGUGGACCAGAUUCACCUCCUCCCCCCUACUCCCUGUCCCGUUUGGAUGAACACAAGCCACUGGACUCGACUCUGUCUUACACUGAAGCUGUGCCCCCCCUCCCGCCCCCUGCGCCUCACGUUUCGUCGAGAGACUACGCUGACACUGGUACCUCCGUCGGCUCCUCGGCCUCCGGCGGGCACCGCUCUCACUGGUGCAGCGUCGCCUACUGGGAGCAGCGCACGCGCGUGGGUCGCCUCUACCCGGCCUACGAGCCCUCGCUCAACAUCUUCUACGACCUACCUCAGGGCACCGGCCUCUGCCUGGGCCAGCUGCACGCCAACGCCUACCACAGUCGCCGCGACGACCCGGGCAGCCACGGACGACCCCCCGCCCCCGCCCACGGGAGCGGCGGCGGCGUGCAACAGAUACGCAGUAAGAUCGGCCACGGCAUCGCGCUGAGCCGGGAGCCCGACGGAGUGUGGCUGUACAACCGCAGCCAGCACCCGGUGUUCGUGCACUCGGCCACCCUGGACCCCCCCAGGGCCCGGGGCCUCAGCGUGGAGAGGGUGAUGCCGGGCUUCUCCCUCAAGGUGUUUGACUACGAGCGCUCCAGCUGGAUGGCGGAGCGCGGCGUGAAGCCCGAGUGCCAGGAGGGGCCCUGGGACCCCCACAGCGUCCGCAUCAGUUUCGCCAAGGGCUGGGGGCCCUGCUACUCCAGACAGUUCAUCACCUCCUGCCCGUGCUGGCUGGAGGUGCUGCUCAACAACCACAGAUAAACUCACAGGAGCUCUCCUCACGCGUUAUCCCAAUUGUAAUCUACCUAGAUUUAAUAUAAAAUUUAUAUAUUAUAUAAAAUAUAUUAUACAUGUAAAUACUUGAGUCGUUUUUACAAUGCAAUUAUUUAUAUAUAUAUAUAUAUAGUGUAAUGUGUAUAUAGACAAAACAAAACAAACAAAAAAGGAAUAAGAAUAUGCACUUUGGCCUCUAUGUACGCAUUACAGUUUCUCAGUGUCAUUUUUUUCGCAAAUAUCAACUGUAAAAAUAAGACAAACCUGGUUCAUGUCCUCGUGAUUUAGCGACUCCAUCAGAAAGUGUUCCAUACACACAUUGUCAAUAAAGUAUUUGUAAUAAAUGAAGGUUU